GCCCCGCGCACUCGGGCGGCGGCCGGCAGCGGGCGAGGACACCGGGCGAGCCCUCCCCGCCGGGAGAGCCAGCCCUGCGGCACACGGCAGCGCCAUGGUCUCAUGGAUCAUCUCCAGGCUAGUGGUGCUUAUAUUUGGCACACUUUACCCCGCAUAUUAUUCUUACAAAGCCGUGAAAUCAAAGGACAUCAAAGAAUAUGUCAAAUGGAUGAUGUACUGGAUCAUAUUCGCACUCUUCACGACAGCAGAGACAUUCACGGAUAUCUUUCUUUGCUGGUUUCCAUUCUACUAUGAACUCAAAAUAGCUUUUGUAGCUUGGCUGCUGUCUCCAUACACAAAAGGCUCCAGCCUCCUGUACAGGAAAUUUGUUCAUCCAACACUGUCUUCAAAAGAAAAGGAGAUCGAUGACUGCCUCAUCCAGGCAAAAGACCGGAGCUACGAUGCCCUUGUGCACUUUGGGAAGCGGGGGCUGAACGUUGCAGCCACGGCAGCUGUCAUGGCAGCUUCAAAGGGACAGGGAGCCCUGUCUGAGAGACUACGGAGCUUUAGCAUGCAGGAUCUGUCGACGAUUCGUGGGGACAGCAGCAGCACUGUUCCUCCUUCGGUCACUGUACGAACAAGUAGCAAACAGAGCCACCCAAAACCAUCCAGAAGUGCAUCAGAAGGCACUGGCAGCUCAGUGUGCACGUGUUGCUCGGUAUGCCGACUCCUCAGAGGUGAAAUAAGUGUGGACAUUAGGUAUGAAAAGCCACCUGAGAAAAACCCUGAAACAAAAGGCUCAGUGUUCUCUGAUGAUGAAGAGAAUGAUUGUGCAUCCAUGAACAAAAGGCCCAAAAAGAAGGAUCAACCCCUUGAGGCACCGCCUAGGACCCUUAGACCUCGCUUCAGGAAGAAAAGUACCUCGUCCUCUGCCACUGAAACAAUGUGAGUGCAAUGAGCCAAUAGCACCAAGAUCCACAGAAUGUCUCUCUUCUGCCUUAAAGAGCUACUCGUUCAUAACAUAGGAAACAGCAGUGGGAUGGAUGUGCUUUGAUGUACAGCACUGUAGACAUGGCCUUUCUCCCUCCUCUCUCCACAUCCUUCUGUGACUCGCUGCUGCCCUUUGUCCCUGAUGUGGGUAGGACAGUCUGGCAGGCACCUGCAGGUGAGGGGUCCUGGUUUGGUUUUCAGAGUGUGCACCCACCCACAGCAUACAUUUACAGUUUCAUUUGUGUCUGCAUAGCUCUUGCUCUGUGAAUGCCCAGCGGAAAUGACAAUAAUCAGUUACUCAUGAUGCUACAUUGACAGUGUAUUUAUUUAUGGCUUUAUCAUGGAUGAAGUGGAUUUGCAGAACCCAUGGAUUUCUCUUUCCUCCCUUCCUCCUCAAGACUGUGAAUGAUGUAACAAACGUCAAAAGUACUUUGACUGUACAAAAUGUCCAAGAUUUGUUAGUGAACGCUGAGCUGCUACUGCGUUUUUCUGCAAGUCACAUGUUCUGAGAAAAUCAUUGUGCUAAACCUGCAGAGACAGAAUCACUUACAGAGGAUGAGGAAGUGAUGUGCAAGAGAAAAAAAUGGUUUCAAUGAUGUAAUGAAGGGGGAGUCCUAAUUUUGAUCAGCCUGAGCCAGGAGAGUAUUUUGUGGAAAAUAAUGCGUAGAAGAACUAAAUCCCACCAUUUGUGGCCAAUGUUCUACUGCGAGUUUUAAAGUGUGAGCAAGCCAGGCUUGAGCAAGCUGCAGCAACAGAAAUUAGAAUUGCUUUAGUGAUGCAUUUCCAGGGGAAAACACACCUUUCUCCCCUGCUGCAACAGUGCCAGUCCCAGCACUCUGCUCUGCUGCCGAGGGGCUGCUGUUCUGCUUGCAUGAGCAGAGGGUCUGAGCUGCUUUUUGAAGCCUGGAGUUUCUCCUGUAGCACGGGGUUUGGUUAGAACCACAAGAACCAGAUGGAGUGGUGUAUUUGUAUCCAUAUAUAAAUGAGAAAUAUAAAAGAAGAGGAAGACACGGUAGGGUUUGUGUAUUUGUGCUUCAAGUUGAUGUCUCUUGUAAGUGUUGAGCAUGUGGAGAUUCACACAUAAGUUAAUUACGUGACCCUUUGUGUUUGCUCUUGGACCUGUCACAUAGACUAGAAAAGCAUUUAGCAUUAUGUAGGAUGUGCCAUCACCGGUGGAUCAGCACAGGGGCUCGAUGGUGUCACUGUCAUCUGGCCCAGGGUGCCAACAGCCAGCUGGAGUGUGCCAGGCUUGGAGAUAACUCUGAAGUGGCCUUUGAAGCCAUUUCUCUGCUGGGUGUGCAUCCAUAUCCCAGCUGCCCAUCUGGUGGAUCCCUGAGGUCCCCCCCACGGCUUCCUACGUGUGUGAGGAAGAAAGAAAUAAAUUAUGCGCACACAGAAAUGUUUAUCUGACCUGGCUAGGAAAUAAAAAAAGCAAGCAGGUAUUUCCUGUGUCUGCCACAGUAUUUGGCCUCAUUAUCUGAGAAUUUUAUUUCCUUUACAUGUGCUUAUUAAGUCAUAUUUUGCAAAUUUUGAAAAAUUCUUCAGAAAGUAAA